AUGCAGACUCCUGAUCCAUCAGACCGUCUGCUCGAAGGUGUCCACCAGAGCCUUGAUCGUCUCACUGUUCCGCUUUACGGGCAGACGUCUUCAUUCACAAUUCUCCCUUCCCUUCUCAGCGGUCAGGAUGAAAUUAUCACAUUCAGUGCAUCGUUCCCAGACCACUUGCUCUCGAACCAAGUCGAAGACAAAACCCAUACGAACAACAACACCGUUCCAGCCUUGGAACUGCAAUCUUUCUACACUCUGACUGCUCGUCCCCUCAGCCACAGCAGCCAGCUACCAUUCCAGGAAAUUCUGGCCAAAAACUUCACCAGUGCUGAAGCUCAUGAUCUUGUUCCCUCGAAUACAGUCACUUGCGGUAAGGCAAAUGGUGGACGGACUUCUCCCCAACCUUCUACAAUAACCGGAGAAUCUUCGAGCCUGUCCGACAGCCCGAGUUCUAGUCGACGAUCGUCAUGGGCUACCAGCAUCAGCACACGUCUCGGAGAUAAUGACGUUGACCAUUCGGAUUUUGAUUAUGCGAAGCAUGCUGCGGAGCCGGACCAGAACACGGAGGAGAUCGAGCUCAUAGAUGAAUACCAGCAUUACUGCCAGCUCAUCGAGCUGGGAGACCCACGCAACCGCCGCGGCAGGGACUCCAUGGCCCAGAAACCAGUUGAGGAGGGAUGCAAUGAGGUGAACGCACCAAGGACAGCCACCCCAGAUGCCGGCGACCUUGACGUCGCCCUCGCAGUCGAGGCGAGCGGAAAAGCGGGCUCUGAUGAUUCGAAUGCACCUCCCAUGCAGGCUGGGUUGGAUGCGCGAGAAGAGCGCAUGCAGCAAGAGAGCAUGCAACCAGAAACCCAAUCAGCUCUCGACAGCGAGAACAACAGCACUCCUCCAUCGACGCCAGCAGAGGCCGCGGCUUGGGCACAUUCGUACUGCGACGCGGACCCCGAGUCCACGAAGCUCAAGAUCCUCACGGACGACCGCGGCAGGGAGUACGUCCUGUACCACGACUGCUUCCAUUGCGUGCCGAUCGACCUGGCCCCUGAGUUCAUCGGGAUGAUCCAGGAGGAGGACGACGGCUACGGCAGCGCGACCGAGACAUGCGAGGCCUCCAGAGACGGGGCCAAGCUUGGCACGAUCCCGGAGGAAGAGGACGAGGGCUAG